AUGAUGUAGAAUAAUUAAUAAUAAUAGGCUAAAAAAGUGAUAGGUGCCACUUUAAUUUUGGAAGAGAAAUUUAGCUUAUAUUUGGGGGAUUUGGAUGAUGCACAGAAUAAGCAAUGGCUAAGUUAGCAGAAAAUAGGGUGUGUGAUAACUGUUGCAAAUGGCUAACCUGUCAGUUAUUACGACAACAAAAUCAAACAUCACUAUUACUUUAUAGACGAUAAAGCAGAUUUUAAAAUAUAAAAAUAUUUUUCAAAAGUUUUUCAUGACAUCGAAAGAGAGAUCCAAACUACUAAUGUGUUGAUUCAUUGCGCAGCUGGGAUUUCUCGAUCUGCUACUUUUGUCAUUGCAUAUUUAAUUAUGAAGAAGGGAAUGUCGUACAAAUAAGCCUUUAAUCAUGUGAAAAGUAGAAGACCUAUGAUUCGACCGAAUCCAGGCUUUAUAACUGUACUUGAAUCUUUAGAAUAAAAAUAAUGA